GGCAGGCAAGUCCCCUGAUGACGAUGAGGUGGAGACGGUGCUCCUUACCCCACGGGGCCACGGGCAGCGCAUGGACCACUAACGGGUUAGGGGAGAAAGAACCCCAGAAACAGUUGGUUGGCUUACACGAUCGAUAGACCAUCCUCAAUCAUUUCAGCUCCAUCUCGUGCAACUCGGCUUUUCUGCCCCAAGCUUUCCGCAUCUCUGCCGUGCCAUUGUGCGGCGGUGUGUGCUGUCUGGCGAUGGAUGAUACGGCGAAUAUCGACAGCUCACCCACGUUACAUUUUGAGCACGCUCCCCGCUAAUUUGUAACCAUGAGAAGAUGUAAUUGGUGCCCCUGGCUGCACCGUCGAGACCGCCUCCCGCAGCCCCUCAGAAGAAUCACUAUUCGAAGAGCCCUUCGUUGUACACUGGCACACCUCGUAGGGCACUAUGACGAUGGUGUCAGCGAGCACGAAUCGGAUCGAUGAGCGUCCUGACGUCUGCCGCCGGCACGACCCACUUGGCCGAGUGCUCACCAGUCACAGGUGCAUCGCCAUUGAAGCAAUUGACGUCCCCUCGAGCAGUUUGUUUGAUAUUGGCUGGAAUCUCGGCCUUCUGCCCACAGCUAGUUCGAGCCAAACCUGUGGCUGUCAGAGAACACCAUGCACGGCCGAUGGGGAUAGAACCUGGUUUGGAUUGGUUCAUCUGCAAGCCAUCACUGGCAAUCCGACACCAGGACCGAGAGCGUAGAGGGCUCGCAGCUGGCAGUACGACAGUGGAACGAAAGACUGGCACCGUUAACGCAACAUAUCCAACAGUCCACCAAACCGGCGACGAAACCGAAAAAGCCACCACGACAGCAAGCCCGAGGUUGGGUCUAGUUCAUGCCAGCCAGCCCCAAUGCAUGGGCCCUCUUCCUGCUGGCACACUUUGCGGCAUGGAUGAGUCUGGGAAUCCUUGCAAAGGACCAAUAGAGCGCCGUCUCCAUCCAUCCUUCAGCAUCGUGAACCUGCUUUCAAAAUCGCCGCUGGAAGAUUUUCUCAACACUUUUGUCAUCAACCUGCGAGUGUAGACGCUAGCACCUUCGCUUCAUCCAGAGGGCACAUGGCACGUCAAGCUCCGGCUUGGCACUGCUACAUUCUCCAGGUCAUCGAGCAACUCUUGCUACGCUACGCUGAGCUAUCCCAUGUCUCGGCUCGCCAGGGUAGCAGUCUUCAAACGGGGGUACGGCGUUUGGACAGAUCGACAAUGCUCCCUUCUGCACUUGUCCGUGGCUGAUGAAGCGGACGCCGUUGUUUCCUCAAGAUUGAACACUUCGCCAUGAGGUACCGGCUACCUAACACGAGGGCGCCACUUUUCAGUUGAGCCGAGCUCCAAUUUGAACUUGUACAACCUGUGCCACUGAGGAGCAUAAGGAACAUUUCAUCUGACAUAUGCUCGUUGCGUCAGCCCAACGCCCACCGGAAGAACGUUGACGAUCCGACUCGGCAGGGUUGAGCAUCGUGGUUGAAUGAGACUUGAUACGUUAUCGCGCAACUGCCGGGAAUCCUCAACCUAUGCAUUGAAGGUGCGGUUUGGAGGUUGUUUACAGAAUGGCUCGUAAACUCCACAUUCCCGGUAGCAUGUAGUUGGAGAAGCACAGAUGCCAACUCCAGCACUGGCCAGAAGACGCACAACACACCUUCCCCUGACGGCAGCUUGUGACGGAUGUCGAUCAGACCCGCUAGUCCGAUCUGGAAACCCGUUCUGCCAGUACAAUUCCGGGUUGUCCAGGACGCACGCACGGUAUCUGGCUAAGCAAUGCUCAGAUCAAGUUUCUUCCCGGUUCAAAAGUGUGUUGACAUAACCUCACAGUUAAUUUGCUUGGGAAGGCGGGUAUAAUGUGGCAGAUAAAGACAUAAGGUCCGUUCUCGGGCAACACGGACGGCUCUUUCGGUACAUAUAAAUUAACUAUCCAAGUGUGCCCUUUCCCAUGACAUGGGACAAGCGACCAGCAGGCGGGGGACUAUGCCCGAGUCCAGCGAGCUCCGUGAACGGCAGGCAGGCAUAAAAAACAUUUCCGCUAUGCUGUUCCGAUGCCGACUGGGCAGAGACAAAAGCGUUUCGUGAGGUAUCCUCGGCGGUCAGGGCCAUGAAAACUAAAAAGACAGGGCCUUUCCGGAAAGGUUGACCGGUAGUCAUGGCAUGGCAUGUCACCGCUCACGUCAACACCGGUACUCGUCCCUGAUCUCGCCAUGCCGCUGGCUGAUUCUCGACUGGUGUUUCGGCAUCGGCGUCAAUACCACCAGGUGCAGGGGCCCGUUGGAGUUGCAGUCUCUCUCGGACCAAGGAGGUACCAGCAUCUCCUGAUGCCACACCCAUGGAGCCACAUCACACACCUCUACCGGCUACUUGCCCACCGUGAUCGUGUAAGAGCCAGCUGUCAAGGCUGCAUGCCGGGCAUUUGCGGCAAGCCCUCAUUGAACACCACAGCGCCCUGCUGGACAAGUUUUUUUUCUUUCUUGCUGGAUAUCAAGCGAUAGCGCUGACAUCAAUGGCUCACCACACUACAACACAACCUGUUCACGACAAACGCAUCCUGCAAAGCGGCAUCUGGACAUUUUGCAAGCUUCGGCAUUGUAUUUGCCCUCUACACUUCGAAACCUAUAAUUACCCGGCCCUGGACUCGGGGAGGAGGCUGGAGCUUCUUGAGCACCCCUGUUCUUCCGAUUUCUUGAAGUUGCGGGCAGCGGGCUCGAGUGUCUCGCAGGGCGCCCCGGCACCCUGGUAUCCCAGCAAUACCCCGGGCUCCCAGCAUCCAGGAUCAGGGGCAUUCAGGAUUUUGAAGAGAAGCGGAGCAGUGACAGAAUUUCAAAGCUCCCACACUCUCUGCACAAAGAAGGGCACACACACACACACACACACACACACACACACACACACACACAAACAGGAGGACGAAGGCUGCAAGGCCCAGGCAGUUCGUAACUUUCACCACGCUCAUUUUGCUCCCACGGAACACACACGCCCUGGGGUUGGGACUCGUGAAAGGCGGGAGCUCAGACCUCAUGGUCCCCUGUCUCAUCGUGGUGUGCUCGUUCAUCGUCAACGGCAGUCCGGGAACCCCCGGCAAGCCUCAUGGGCAUGGGGACUUGCAGCUAAUAAAGGCCGCCGAGAAUUAGCAAAUCCGACUCUGUUUUUGCGCUGGGCGGGCCAGUGCGUCCGGGGGGUGGGAGUGUGGGAGGGGGAAAGCAACACCAGGGUAGGUAAGGAGGAGGACCAGGAGGGGGGUGGCAUCUCCUGCGGAAGACGGAGCAACAGAGCCCAAAAAAAAAAAAAAGGUAAAAUGAGUUCUGACGAUGGGUGGUGGCCAGGGGCGGGCAGGCAAUUUUCGAAAAAAGUAGUGGACAGCAUAACUGCAUGAGGGAGGUUGACACCAGCCUGUAGGGUGCGGAUUAAUUGGCAGCAAUAAUUGGGGCCUAGUAGCAGCACUGCAGCAGCUAGCAGUAACGCUGUCUCCACCCGAGGGUCGACUUUGGACGCUCGCUUGCCUUUCCAAUCUCUCACAAGUCAGUCCCAGGUCGCCUUUUCUCUCUUUUUUUUUUUCUCGUCCCGUCAUGUACGGGGUGUCUGUCGCUGUCGCGUUUCUUAAUACCUGGGUAGUGUGUUAUUAUUAUUAUGCCCCUUCCUCCCAUCCCAACUCGUCCCGUCUCGUCCGUCUCUUCUCUUAUCCUCUCCUCUCCUCUCCUCUCCUCCUCCUUUCCAUUUCUUCCCGUCCGAUCCGCCCGCCUCUUAUACUACGUACCUCUCCCAAGGUUGACGCCGUAGCUGGUCCUUGGUUGUGUGUGUCCGCCCGUCGCUCUCGCUCUUGGCUUUCUCUGGUACCAUCCGCUGGUGAAGUCGGUCGUUGUGAAAAUCACUUAUCAUUUUAUUUGUUUUUUUGUUUACUUUUACCCAUCCUCGUCUGUUCUUGUUCUUUCAUGCGUACCUCUCCUCCUCGGUUUUACAAGUGUCGCUGGCGGUCCCGCUGUGGUUCCCCGAUCCGAUAAUAAGAGAGACCUGACACACACGACGGUACGGUACAUACCUAUCACACCUGAACGGGCUGUGUGUGCAAACGAACGACGGAACGCUGGAGUAGCCAACACGCAGUAGGGCAACACACACCAGACAGAGAGAAAAGAUAAAACAAACCUGUUUUCUUAGAUACAUAUCUCUCUCUCCCUCUCUCCCUCUCUCUCCCUCUCCCUCUCCCUCUCUCAGGCUGCUGCCGCUGCCGCUGCUUGUGCUGCUGCCGCUCGCCGGUGCUCUCUAGUGAUCCGAUCAGCAACCUGCACCUCCACCAGGACAUACCUCUAGCUAGAAAACCGAACAAGAGAAUCCGGCAUGUACGAACAAGACCCAGCAGCCCAGUUCGUCCAUCAAGUGUCGGCUGGAUACUCGCUGCCCCAGACGUUGCCCCAGUACACAUUCGAUGAGACACCGUUGCGCUUAACGGACCGGCGUGGACGCGGUGGUGGAUAUGGCGGGCUGGGAGGGCCUGGGGUAGGAGGCGCGGCCGGCAGGUCCCUGCUUUAUUCGCCCAUUUUCAGCACGCCAGCAAGCGCCAACGCUGCGGGCGUCGGCCCCGCAUCUUCUGCCGCCGGCCACUUCAGCUUCCACACCACCUCUGCAACCUCCGCCUCUGCUCUCACCUCGUCCGUCCCCGCUACCACACAUCACCGGUCCUCGCCGCCACAUUUCGCCAUUCAAAAGAUGGAGCCAAAUCCCGAGGAUCUAGUCGCCCAGGAGGCGGCCGCCCGGGAAUUCCAACCCCAGCUCGAGGGCCCAUUCGUAGGCGAAAAGACGCCCAGCUCCGCCAUCACGAGCGAAUAUGCCAAGGCCGAUCCGGUAUACAUCCAGAAGACGGCGGUGUUACCCCGGACUUACUCGCAUUACCGCCCGAUCCAAGGUGACGGGAACUGUGGCUGGCGGGCCAUUGCCUUUGGCUACUUCGAGACGCUGGUAAAAGGCGGCAACAAGGGCCAGAUCGAGGCCGAGAAGCUACGUCUGGAGGGUCUCAACAGCUACAUCGAGACCAUUGGCGGCCACUCCCCAUAUGUCUAUACUGACUUUGUCGAGGAGACUUUGCUCCUCCUCGACAGGGUUGCCGCCCUUGCCGGUGACCCUGAGCAGGCCAUGAGAGAGGUAUAUGCGACCUUCAACGACUCCGAGAUCGGCAACGCCAUCAUGUACCACUUUCGCCUGCUGGCGAGUUCAUACCUGAAGGGCAACCAGGAUACGUAUGGCGCUUUCGUCACGGACGAGGCAGGUGUGCAGGGUUAUUGCAGCAACGUCCUGGAGCGUCAUCAGGUCGAGAUUGACCACCUUGGUGUCUCGUUACUGGUCGAUGUGCUUCUCAAGCCUGUCGGUUUUGUUUUGGAAGUGGCUUACCUUGACCGCAGUCCUGGCUCCGAAGUCAAUUCGUACCGGUUUCCGGAGGAGGCCAGGGACCGACACCCAUCGACACUUGGACCCAUCAUCUACCUCCUGUUCCGUCCCGAUCAUUACGACCUUCUCUACGUUGCCGAGCCCGAGCCAAUUCCCGAGCCCGUUACUGUGCAGGUUCAUCGCGUGGCAUUUUCACCCACCUACGAUAUCGCCAGCGCCCCUGCUUCCAUGCCUAGCUACGGCAUCAACAUGGGGGUGCUCGGCAUGCUUCCCGGCUUUCAUGGGCCGCCACCGGGUCUAGCCCCAACCCUUCUGGAUACCAGCCCAUCACCAUUGUCGGCAUACAGCCCGAGUCCCACGUCAACCUGGAUGACCCCACCCUUUGCUGAGCCUCCUCAGCAGGCGCCUCCGGUCUCUGUCGCGGUACAAGCGGCCCCGGUUCCCAUGUCGCUGCCCAUCCAUACAGCUCCGGCGGUAGCUCCGGCAGCACCUUUGCAGACACACCCACUGCGUUUCAGCGAGUACUGCCAGCUUCCCGAGUACGUAGAGAACGACACAUGGCGCGAACCCAGCUUCCAAACGUCGACGUUUCGGAACAGCCAUUUCAACGUUGCGCACUACAACAACCCCAACUUUCAGCCCGAGGAAUAUCGGCCCGAGGCUGAAGACUACGAGGGACCGCAGCGCGGAAACGGGAAGAAGCGCGCGAGCGUCUAGCAGUUACAGACCAAAAAGAAAAAGUUCGAAACAUUGAUGGAUGGCUGUGCCAACCAUUCACCUAGUACAGCACACACAACAGAUUCCAAAUGACGCCGGUAUGGGGUUGGAGGAACAUAAUACCCAGGUUUGGCGAGCCAGCGACAGAGAGCGAUAAUUCGAUGACGACGAUCAAUAUAGCAGCCGCAGGGGGGGUUGUACUGGAGCGUUCGUUUAUCCCAAUCCCCGGGGGCUCAUGCAGCAUCUCCCGGUUUGUUUCGACCAUCUCACAGCAAAUCAUUCGGGGGCGCAUGGAACGCAACGCUUGCUUUUGUUCUCUUUUAUUUUCUUUGGGUCCGGCAAAGUCCACGAUAAUUCCCUCAUCAUAACCCUCUCGGGCCGCAGGAAAGAAAACUAGGUCCCUCUUCCUGGCUGGCCUUUUUGGUCAGAAGUAGACUGGACCCACAAGCCGAGCUCCUUUUUGUGCAAUGCCUUCGCCAGCAUUUCAGAGGGAACCGAAAGUCACGCAACAAUGGAAACUGCAAGUCCAUUUUUUUUUAUUUUUGACAUUGGAGUUAUUGACUUUACUCCUGUACGGGGUUUUGCUAUAUUUUUUCUUCUUUGGUUUUCCUGCUUAGUAUUGUCUUGUAUUGUUGUUGACAUGUCUCAUGAUACACAGGUGUUCAGGAAUGGGAGCUUUUAGCCUUUUUUUUUU